GGGGCGGCGGGCGGCACGGCGGGGCCGCGCUUCCGGCCGGGAGGCGAUCCGGAAGCGGAAGCGGCGGGCUGCCUGCCUGUCCGACUGCCCGUCCGUCUGGCCGGCCGGCCGGCCGUCUGUCCGCCCCCCGUAACGCUGGCGGUUUGUUCGCAGAGCCGGCCCUGGAAGGAGGAGAGAUGCGAGAGGAGGGAGAGUGAGAGGGGAGGGUACGUUGACAUCUGUCUGAUACUAGACUGGUGCGUAGGAAGAAGGUCCCAUCUCUGGCCUGUUUGUGGAAGCUGGGAUGAUGAAGGCACCGCAGUGGGAACAUGCUGUGGUACAGGGUUGAAGCUCCAGCCCAUGUGUGAUAGUUAUAGAGCAAUUGGAAGGGUUGCGUGCAGAGUUCUGGUAAACUAGGAUGGAAGAAUCUCAUUUCAACUCCUCCCCGUACUUCUGGCCAGCAGUGCCCACCGUCUCGGGACAGAUUGAGAACACCAUGUUCAUUAACAAGAUGAAGGAGCAGCUACUGCCCGCAGAGAAGGGCUGCAGCCUGGCUCCCCCCCACUACCCCGCCUUGCUGACAGUACCCACCUCUGUGGCCCUACCCACUGGUAUCGCCAUGGACUCGGACACCAAGCCAGAGCAGCUGACACCACACAGCCAAGCCCCUGUGACUCAGAACAUCACUGUGGUGCCAGUGCAGUCUGCUGGGCUCAUGACAGCAGGUCCUGGUCUGGUGAUAACUUCCCCAUCAGGUUCCCUGGUGACCACAGCCACCUCUGCACAAACCUUUCCCAUCUCAGCUCCCAUGAUUGUCUCUGCGCUGCCCCCUGGCUCCCAGGCAGCCCUGCAGGUGGUGCCCGAUCUGUCCAAGAAGGGGACGACCACCCUCUCCGAAGGUGGUGGGGGUGGCGGGGGUGGGGGAGUUGCCCCCAAACCGCCUCGGGGCCGGAAGAAGAAACGAUUGCAGGAGUCGGGGCUGCCAGAGAUGAGCGACCCCUUUGUGCUGUCAAACGAGGAUGAUGAGGACCAGCACAAGGAUGGCAAGACAUACAGUUCCGUGAGCAGCGGAACUAAUGAAGCCUGGUUUCCAGCGGCUCUCUCCUGUGUGGAUUCUCUGAUGUCUAAUCAAGGGUGCCGGAUGUGUUCGCUGACCUUCUACUCCAAGUCGGAGAUGCAGAUCCACUCCAAGUCCCAUACGGAGACAAAGCCACACAAGUGUCCUCACUGCUCCAAGAGCUUCGCCAACAGCUCCUACCUGGCCCAGCACAUUCGCAUCCACUCAGGGGCCAAGCCCUACACGUGCAGCUACUGCCAGAAGGCCUUCCGCCAGCUCUCCCACCUGCAGCAGCACACACGGAUCCACUCCAAGCUCCACACGGCGAUUGUCAAGCCCCACAAGUGUCCUCACUGCUCCAAGAGCUUCGCCAACACAUCCUACCUGGCCCAGCACCUCCGCAUCCACUCGGGGGCCAAGCCCUACACCUGCCGCUACUGCCAGAAGGCCUUCCGCCAGCUCUCCCACCUGCAGCAGCACACACGUAUCCACACCGGGGACCGACCCUACAAAUGUGCUCACCCUGGGUGUGAAAAGGCUUUCACCCAGCUUUCCAACCUGCAGUCCCACAGACGGCAGCACAACAAAGACAAACCUUUCAAGUGCCACAACUGCCACCGUGCAUACACGGAUGCUGCCUCAUUGGAGGUGCACCUGGCUACGCACACGGUGAAACACGCCAAGGUCUAUACCUGCUCCAUCUGCAGCCGGGCCUACACCUCGGAGACGUACCUGAUGAAGCACAUGCGGAAACACAACAUCCCUGACCCCCAGCAGCAGGUGGUUCAGGCCCAAGCCCAGGCCUCUCAGCAGCAGCAGCACUUCCAGCCGCAGGGGGGUGGGGCAGCAGGGGGCCCUUCUGGAGACACUAACCCACCCAACCCUCCCCCUCAGUGCUCCUUUGACCUGACUCCUUACAAGACUUCAGAGCAUCACAAGGACAUCUGCCUCACUGUCAGCACCAGCGCCAUCCAAGUGGAGCACCUCUCCAGCUCCUAGAGAGACCUCAACCCAGGGAGCAGAAAGCCUCUUGUGCAUAGCCUGCGCCCGGGGCACUGCUUGUGCAGCGGCCCUCCUCGUGCAACAGUCUCCGGCCUCUCCUCCUGCAACAGCCUCUUCUGGCCGUGUAACCCUGUUCAUGGCAGCCCCUUGAACAACAGCCUGUCUCAAGGGGGUGCUCCUUCUGUGCAACAGCCUGCCUGGUAGGAGGAUGCUUCCUUGUGCAAGAGCCCCCUUCCUGUGCUGGGAUCACUUCCUCAUGCAAGAGCCCCUCCUUUCAAACCCAAAGAAAGGCCCCUGUUCUGCCUUCUCUCUCACUGUGGGAUGUGCGUGAAGGGGGUGGGGAGGUGUUGAGACGUGCAUGGUGUGAUGGGAUGGAGAGAUGGUCCUUGUACAUACAGGGGCUUGGACACGUUUUCAGCAGGCCACAGAAGAACGUGGCAGGGUUCACAGCUGGAUGGGUAUUUUUGAGGAUUUCCUUGAGUGUCUAAGAGAGAAAUAUCCAUUCCUGUCCCUCCUGCUUGUGAAAGGGAGGAGGGGUCGCUUGUCCUGCCCCAAGGACUGGAUGGGAGAAACCUUCUCCACAGCGGAAGGUGAAACCAGUGUGGGGGAGAGGUGAGGCAUGUUCUCUGGGCUGGACAGGUGCCUACACUGCCUGAGGGCUUUGGAGUGUUGCACUCUUUCUUCUCCCCUAGCGGAGAGCAAUAGAGAGGAGUCUGUCUGAAGUGGCUGCUGCCUCUCCUGGCUGUCUGAGCAGCAUGAUGGCCAAGGCCCUGUAGGAAUGUGGGUUCCUGCUCAUUGCUCUUCCUGCCCAUUGUGGAUGAUGUCCUAGCAGCUUGUACUUCUCCUCCUCUCCCUCCUGCUUCCCCCCACCUCCUCAGAAAAGCCUGCAGGCAUCGAGAACAAACCAAAAAGCAAUGGAGGGGAGGGUAAGAGACUGCCAAAAUAAUCAUCACCCUUCUCUCUACUUCCUUUACUGAAAGGUGGAACAGCAGCAGUUCUGACUCUUACACACCUGUCCUGCCCCCAGUUUCCCAAAGGGAAGGAGGAGGAGGAAUAGACCAGUCUUUUCAAGGAGCCGGCAGGUGUCAGGGAAAGGCUAGCUUCUCUGCUCACCUCCCACCCGAGCGCUCUCCCAGGCUCCCUCUUGCCAAGACGGGCUGGACUCACAUGGCAGUGGUGGCCUCUUCUGGAUCCUGAUCAUGGGAGAGAAUCCCCAAAAGGUGGACAGUGGAGAGAAAGGGAUGAAGAUCCCCACAGAGAGACCAAUCUAAUGAGAAGGGGGAGCCAAAAAGAAUAAACUGAAGGCCCCUUGAAUUUAUAUAUAUAUAUAUAUAAAUAUCUAUUCCCCACCCCGGCCCGCUCUGUCCUUGCUGUAACUGUUUCUAUCUCUGUGUUUAUAAAACGCAUUAUCCUGGCGAAUUUUUAUUUUCAAUCUUUGUUUGUUUUUCCCUCUCUCUUCGUCUUCAGAUUCCCCCCCUCCCUUUUUUUUUUUUGGUCCACAUGACUACUAGUCUUGUGUGUCACUUCUUAGUUUCUUUGGAUCGUGGAGGCUGACUGGGAGGAGAACGAGAAGGCAAGGGAAAAAGCAUGUGUUGCACUCAAAUCCUAUAGAAUCCCAGACUUAUGUAUGAACAACCAGUAGGGGCUUUUUUUUUUUUUUUUUAACCACCCUGUGUAGAAAUAAAUUGGUGUAAAAGGCUCCUUG